CUGUAGCAGAGGGCAGGGGUCGCGGCGCUGGGUGGAGGUGUGGGGAGGGCCGUCAACAAGGGCCGGGCCGCACCAGGCCCGGGGUAUUAGAGAGGCCGAGGUGGGGAGUGGGGCUGGAGACGGCCGGAUGGAAAGGGGUGGGAGCAGGAGGGAGAGACCGGGUUCCCGGGGAAGGGGCUUGUGGCAUGUGGUUGGAAGGAGGGCUGAACUCGGAGCUGCUGUGAGGAGGUAGGAGAAGGAAGAGACCUGGGAAAUUAAGUUUCUUCCAGAGUGCACUGGGGAUUAUAGCCGCUGAGCAGAGAUUCUGGAAAGCAUUGUGUUCCUGAGCCUCCAGCAUGGCCGGGAUAAAGCGUCGUGCAAGCCAGGUGUGGCCAGAAGAGCAUGGUGAGCAGGAACAUGGGCUGUACAGCCUGCACCGCAUGUUUGAUAUUGUGGGCACCCACCUGACACACAGAGAUGUGCGUGUGCUUUCCUUCCUCUUUGUUGAUGUCAUUGAUGACCAUGAGCGCGGACUCAUCAGAAAUGGACGUGACUUCUUGCUGGCUCUGGAGCGCCAGGGCCGCUGUGAUGAGAGUAACUUUCGCCAGGUGCUGCAGCUGCUACGCAUCAUCACUCGACAUGACCUGCUGCCCUACGUCACCCUCAAGAGGAGAAGGGCUGUGUGCCCUGACCUUGUAGACAAGUAUCUGGAGGAGACGUCAAUUCGCUAUGUGACCCCAAGAACCCUCAGUGAUCCAGAACCGAGGCCUCCCCAGCCCCCUAAAACAGUGCCUCCCCAUUAUCCUGUGGUGUGCUGCCCCACUUCGGGUCCUCAGAUGUGUAGCAAGCGGCCAGCCCGAGGGAGAGCCACACUUGGGAGUCAGCGGAAACGCCGGAAGUCAGUGACACCAGAUCCCAAGGAAAAGCAGACAUGUGACAUCAGAUUGCGGGUUCGGGCUGAAUACUGCCAGCACGACACUGCUCUGCAAGGCAACGUCUUCUCUAACAAGCAGGACCCACUUGAGCGCCAGUUUGAGCGCUUUAGCCAGGCCAACACCAUCCUUAAGUCCCGGGACCUGGGCUCCAUCAUCUGUGACAUCAAGUUCUCUGAGCUCACCUACCUCGACGCAUUCUGGCGCGACUACAUCAAUGGCUCAUUAUUAGAGGCACUUAAAGGUGUCUUCAUCACAGACUCACUCAAGCAAGCUGUGGGGCAUGAAGCCAUCAAGCUGCUGGUGAAUGUGGAUGAGGAGGACUAUGAGCUGGGCCGACAGAAACUCCUGAGGAACUUGAUGCUGCAAGCAUUGCCCUGACCCUUCCCCUUCUCACUUCUCGGGGACUGUUCCCACCACCCGCCUCUGGAGCUUACAUACUGUUCUGGGGUUUGUUCUCUGCCCUUCCAACCAAUCACACCCCUGCCUUUUUUUUUUUUAAAGGAAAAGACAAAGCGUGGAAGUGGUGUUCCCCAGCCCUCUCCGCACCCAUGUGCCUGGGCUUACCCUGGUUCCCAUUCCCACCUACCCCAAUGUGUGUCUGCAGCCACCUCACCACUGAGCCGUAAGACAAAUAUGUAGGGAGAUGCAAAGUCUAUAGGACAGUCUUUGUAGGGGAUUGAAGUGAACACUGCUUUGGGGUACAUUGAGGGGUUAUCAAUACUUCUGGCUUUAUGAGGGCUCUUAAAUUUUGUCUGAAAAACCAAAGGGCUGUGAGUAAGGGAGCUGUAUGGAAGGUAGGAUUCUGAAGUGUAUUUUGGAAAUUAAUCGCUACCCUCUUCCAAAUUACAGAAUUUUUUAAGAAACAGAAGCUGUGGCCCUUUCCACUCUCUCCUGGCCUCUGGUGCUGCUCCUCUCUGCCGCCUUUUCUCCAUUCCAAGGCUUGAAACUGCUGCCUGGUGUGGCUCCUUCCUUUCUCCCCUUUGUCAAACCCUCUUCAAGGGAGUAACAUAAGAGAACUCGGUCAGCCUCGUCACCCCUCCCAGCUGUGCUCUGUGUGUGUACGCACACACAGGGUAGAUGGGGAAGAGGAUGCUGACUGAAAUACACUCCCCCUGAAAAGGGGAAGGGGAGUGUGACACUUUCCAUGUUUAAGUGAAAAUAAAUAACAUACCUGCAGCCCUUCUCCCCUUUGCUUUCUUCUGGCUGGGCAAAGGGCACCACAGGAGAAAGUGAAGUAAUUCAGUAUUGACUCCUCCUUUUUCCUUCCCUCUCUUCUACCCAUCCUCCCACUCCCAGGCCUGGGAGAAUGGGGCUGGGACAUGCACUGAGUGUUGCACUUUUUUUAGGUAGGGAGAUAUGUUGAGUGAGCCAGGAGGCCUAGAACUGGAGCCUAGUCUAACAGGUACAAGACCACCUCCCCAUCCAGCUCCCAAAGGAGAUGUCCAGACACAGACUUUAUGAUUAUUAUAUUUUUUUUCAAUGCUAGUGCUGGUCAGCCCUCAGCGUAACUUCAGUUUUCAUGAAAUAAACAAUGACUAUAUAAAA